AUGACUGAUCAGGAUAUAGAUUUACAAACAGUCUUGGAGCAGAUACGUAGUUUCUUACGAACCCACAAAACUGAGACUGUAGUUUUAAAACACACAAGAAGUUCCUCCAAUCCAGGCUGUUUGGGAAUAUUCAGUAUGGACUUUCCCAGUCCUCAGCUCAUUCAAAAAAUCAUUGAACUUAAACCAUUUCUACCUGGAAUACCCAAAUUACCACCAAAACCAGGACUUGACAACACAGACUGGAUGAUAUCCAUACCUGAUGAGACUCCUCUUUCAAUCAUCACCAUUGCUGGAAUACGACUAUUAUUUGGAAAAAGCAAAGUGUGGAUCGUGAAGCAGAAACUCAACGAAGGAAUUCGGUAUUUUGAUAUAAAUGCUGGUGUGUGGCGAGCUACAGAAAAAGAGUAUCACAUCCGGUCCACCAAAUGGAUGAUGGAGGAAGUUUUUCUCCCCAUAUCCAUUUUCCUAAGAAGCCACAGUCAUGAAGUUGUUCUUUUGAGACUUACGAUACACGGACGUACCAAAAGCAUAGCUGAUGAUUUCAUCAACACGUCAAUGGAAAAGUUCAAAGACAUCAUGUGGACAAAGCAGUCAACUCCAACCAUGAAGGAGGCAAGAGGUAGGAUAGUUUUCUUGAAGACUGACAGCUUUAGUUUUGGAGUAGAAAACUACAAGCUAAAAAUCUUUGGGUCUGACAUGUUAGUCAACUUUGAAAAGAACACUGAACUACUAAAGUCAGACAUUUGUGGUGGACAACUCGUGGUCACUGAGAGUCCUGUAUCAGAUCACCAAAGUCUUAACGUUUUGAGUGAGUUUGUGCAUAAAUAUAUCAGCAGCUCCUCCGGCUUAGGCUGUGUAGGAAUCAUCAGCAUGGAUGAUCCCAGUUCUGAGCUCAUUGACCAAAUCACUCACCUUCACCCAUGUUUGGGAAUAUUCAGUAUGGACUUUCCCAGUCCUCAGCUCAUUCAAAAAAUCAUUGAACUUAAACCAUCCGUUGAACACGAGUUACAAGUUAAACCAGUUGAACUUUGA